AUGGCAGGCAGAUUAGACCUGUUCCUGAAAGAAGCUUGGGCCAAGGAGCCACUGCUGACAGUGUCCUUUGUCAUCAGCACCAUGGCUCUGCUCUUCCCUCCCUUAAGCCCCUAUACAAAGUACGCAGGCACAAUCAACCAAGCUACACCUUACAACUACCCUGUUCCUGUUCAAGAUGAUGGCAACAUGCAUGACAUCCCCAGCUACCCUCAGGACGCUCAGGGUCCUUCCCUCCAGUGGUUGAAGAAUCUGUGA